AUGGAAAUCACAAAUGUCAACGAGUAUGAGGCCAUCGCGAAGGAGAAGCUGCCGAAGAUGAUCUACGACUACUACGCGUCCGGUGCAGAGGACCAGUGGACUCUCGGGGAGAACAGGAACGCCUUCUCGAGGAUUCUGUAAGCUCUUCUUCCUGUACCGAUCGUCUUGCUCUGCAUGUCCGUCUGGUGCAAUGAUCUCGCCUUAUCUCAUAUAAAGAAGCACAAGGUGUUUGGUUUUAUGCCGAACUGAUGUGGCAUGUAGAAUGCUCACCGGAUGAUGUCUUCUGCUUCAUGCGAUGUGCAUAGUUUAUUGGAAAGCUAGGAGAGAAAAUAAAAAAUAUUUUAUCGUAGACAUUAAGUGUCCCCAUAAACAUGAUUACAUGUGAAAAAAAUUGAUCUGGUCCUCCAGAUUGCUGAAAUGCUGGGAGAAGGAUCAGCCCCUCUGGCGAUCCAUCCCCAUCUAUUACUAUCCGCCGGUGAAUCUGUCCUACAAGAUCGUUGCUUUCAUGAUCUUGUGUGAAUAAUAAUGUUUUUGAACUGUGUUAGUGCAUUUCAAAGGGCCUUAUUCUUUGAUCAUCGUCAGGUUUCGCCCUCGCAUCCUCAUUGAUGUGACCAAGAUAGAUAUGAGCACCACCAUCUUGGGGUACAAGAUUUCGAUGCCCAUCAUGAUUGCUCCCACUGCGAUGCAGAAGAUGGCUCAUCCCGAGGGUACGUCCUCUCCCUGUGGUGAAUCCGGACCAAAUUAUUCAGCAAUUACCGCACUGAAAGUUGAUUUUUCUUUAAAACCAUAUUGUUCAUCGAAUAUCAGCUUCAAAAGUUCGAGUUAUCAUGAACCAAACCUGGUUUCUACGAAUGGAAACCUUUGAUGGUUCGAAGCCUGAAUCAGUGUCUAAUUCUUCCUGCAGGAGAGUAUGCGACAGCGCGGGCAGCAUCAGCUGCCAACACUAUCAUGGUACGGCGCCAUUAACCUGUCGCUGCUUAGUAUAUCUCGUGAUACGUUUGGCAAAUGAAGCUCUUUUGAUAUUAAUGGGGCCGGAAGGGGGAUUAUUAUCUUACAGUGAGGAAUAAUCUUUGGUCACCUCAUUCAAUCUUCAGUCUGGGCCUCCCCUCACGAGCUGGGUGUUUAAGAAAUUCAUCUAAUCUAGUUUUUUCGGGUGAAUCCGUAGAGAUGCACAGCUAUUUCUUUGCUCCCAUGAACAUCUCCAUCGUUCUAUUAGAUGAACUGAAGCAGGUUUUUAGGGUAAUGCAGAAGCAGCUACCCUGCUGAGCCCUGAACUAUAAAAAUGGAUGACUCCCCGUGCCCCACAUCAUGCCUCCAUUCUUUUAUAUAAUUUAUACCUUGAACCUGUCGAAAAUAAUCGGGUGCCAACGCCAGGCUCCGAUUUUUUUCGCUUUUCUUUUUGGUACUGUUCUUGAAAUUUUGGGGCUUUUGGACAUUUUUGCAGACAUUAUCAUCCUGGGCUACAUCGAGUGUUGAAGAGGUUGCAUCAACCGGGCCCGGCAUCCGCUUUUUCCAGCUAUACGUAGGUUUAUGGUGGUUUCAAUCAAGCGUAUUCAUUCCAACUUUUGAGCCAUGCAUCGAAAAAUAAAACCUCACAUUUCUCUAAAUUUCAGGUCUACAAGGACAGGAAUGUCGUGGCGCAGCUCGUUAGAAGGGCUGAAAGGGCUGGCUUUAAGGCCAUCGCUCUCACGGUGGAUACUCCAAGGCUUGGACGGAGGGAAUCAGACAUCAAGAACAGGUUAUCUCCUCGAUCUCCGCCCAUCUUCUUCAAAGUUCUUCUUCGUAGACAGCCAUGAUGAUACUUUAUUUUUGGAAACUUUUGCAUAAGGAUAUUCAUCCGGCCGUAACGAACAGGAACUUGACCGCGAAGAGCAACAAAAAAUCAUUUAGGAUCUAACAAUGUUCGUUUUCUUCAGAUUCAAUCUGCCUCCACACCUGACCCUGAAGAACUUUGAGGGAUUGAACCUGGGGAAGAUGGACAAGGCGAGUGAUCCUGAGAGAUUGACCUGCAUCCGUCCUUUCACCUACCCUUUUCUCUCCGUUCCCUGAUCCGAUUUGGGUUUUGCAGACGGAUGACUCCGGAUUGGCUUCAUAUGUUGCGGGCCAAAUUGAUCGCUCUCUGAGUUGGAAGGUAUCUCCUUGGCCACCUACUUUGAUUUCCCUAUCAUUGCUUCUGCGUUUGACAGAGAUCUAGGUGCACGCUGCUUCUAUUGCGUCUGAUCUUCGAAGCAACUCAUAAAUUGCCUGAUCGCUUAUGUGGGUGUGGCCUUUUGAUUUGACCAGGACGUGAAGUGGCUGCAAACCAUCACCACGAUGCCGAUCUUGGUCAAGGGGGUCGUCACCGCCGAAGACAGUAAGCACCUGAGCCUCGUUUCGAAUAUCUCUGACUGUUUCUCCAAGCUCAGCCGUUCAUGGAGUCUUAAUCUACGCUGCAGCGAGGUUGGCCAUCCAAGCUGGUGCCGCCGGCAUCAUCGUCUCCAACCAUGGAGCUCGUCAGCUUGACUACGUCCCCGCAACAAUCAGCUGCCUCGAAGAGGUCUGCCGCUAAGAACUUGGUUAAAAUAUCUCCACUAAGAAGGUCUGCCCGCUGAUGGGCAUCCAAGAAUACAUGAAGUAUCUAUCCUCUGUCUGAUCUACGGGAUGGGACAUUUCAGGUGGUGAAAGCUGCACAAGGGAGAGUCCCCGUGUUUCUCGACGGUGGGGUUCGUCGUGGAACGGACGUCUUCAAGGCGCUGGCUCUCGGAGCUUCCGGCGUAUUCGUAAGUGCAAGAUUCAUCCUGUUGUAGAACGACCAUCUUUCUUUGAUUCAUGGGACCGAAGGCGCCUGAAACUGGUGCGGAAUCCGACAGAUCGGGAGGCCCGUCGUGUUCUCCCUGGCGGCGGCGGGCGAGGCCGGCGUGAGGAAGGUGCUCCAGAUGCUCCGCGACGAGUUCGAGCUCACCAUGGCGCUGAGCGGGUGCUGCUCUCUCAACGACAUCACCCGCAACCACAUCCUCACCGAGGGGGACGUGAACCGCGCCACAUCCAGGUUAUAA